AUGGACAAACUUGUUCGUGAGCGUAAGUCGCUAGAGCCGCGACUUUCGCGAAUUUCGGGUGUAGUGGCAAAGUUAAAGCCAGAAGAGGCCGAAGAAAUUGACGUACAAAGUGAGCUAGAUGCCCUGAGCGAAGUGUGGUCUAGUUACGGUGUCGUGCACCGGAGAAUAAUUGAUGCAUGCUCCGAUGACGAAACCUAUGAAAGUGCUGUGAAACACCAAGAAGUCUUCGAAGAAAAUUACAUUUUGGUGAAGAAUCGAUUACUAAAGAUCAUGAAGGCUAUUAAAAAUCGGGAUAGCUCAACAUCGGCACAGCAAUCAACAUCUCAAGAUAUUAUCAAGCAGCUCGCCGCUCAACAAGCAGAACUUCUACGUGUGAUGUCGACCAACAUGGCUGCCGCUAGUGCUUCUACUUCAGCCGCCAUUGCGAAUCGUGAAACUAAUCAAGCCCCGCUCUCCGAUCUCAAGCUGCCUCAGAUGAACCUUCCUAUCUUCAGAGGCGAUUAUCUUGAGUGGCAAUCUUUCAGCGACUUGUUUAAUAGUAUGGUGCAUCACAAUCCUUCACUCAAAGAUAGCCAGAAACUUUAUUUUCUAAAAACGAGUCUGGAUGGUGAGGCGGCAUCAUUGAUCUCACAUCUCAAAAUAGAGGAUGCAAAUUAUCAAGCUGCCUUGGACAAGCUUAAGUCCCGAUACAACAAGCCUCGCGAAAUUGCCAAUAAACACAUACAGCGCUUUUUGGCACAAAGCGCGUUGACGUCAUCUUCGGCGCAAGGCCUUCGUAUGUUGCAUGACAUUUCAGAUGAAGUGAUUCGGGCUCUCAAAGCUAUGAAUAGAGAGGAUCGAGAUACAUGGCUUUUGUUUAUCCUCAGCGAAAAGGUGGAUCCCGAGACAAAACAGCUGUGGUGCCAGAAAAUUGCCGAAAUGCACGACGAUGACAUCACUCUGCAAUGUUUUCUGAGCUUCAUUGAAUCGCGAAGUUUUGCACUUCAAUCAGCGCAGCCUAUCAAACCGAAGCCUACCCUGCCGUUCAAGCAACCUCUAAAGCUUCCGCCUCGGGGUGCAACGACUUAUGUUGCCACACAUACUCCAUUUUGUGAACUAUGUUCAAAACCACACCUAUUGUACCAAUGCGGAAUGUUUUUGCAUAUGAGUCCCAACGAUCGUCUUGCUCACGUUGAUCGCUUGAAUCUCUGCGAAAACUGUCUAAAAAGACACCCGGGUGAAAGCUGUAGAGCAGGUAUGUGCCGCAAAUGCAACUUACCUCACCACACGCUGCUACACCUUUCCUCAUCAUCAGCAUCCACCGCGGCCCACGCAAGUAUAGGACAACCGCCACAGUCCUUGAUUUCGGCCAUAGAAGAACCAGCCGCUUUUGAUGUCUCCAACGUUCUACUUGCCACAGUCGCUAUAGAUGUCUUGGAUCACAACGGCCGGCCUCACGUCUGCAGAGCUGUCUUGGACAGUGCAUCCCAGGUCAAUUUCAUUAGUGACAGUUUUUGCCGAAAGCUUGGCCUUAAAACGAAUACGGCAAGUAUGAUACUUGAAGGCAUCUCGUCUACGCCCGCGCGCACCGACAAGUGUGCUGAAAUUAUUAUUUCAUCACGUUGCACUACCUAUCGAGCUGUUUUGCCUUGCCUGGUUCUGGAGAAAAUCACUAAGUCACUUCCCUGCAAGCCAGCGCACAUCGAUAAUUGGCCGAUCCCCGGUUCAAUAAACUUAGCUGAUCCACUAUUUCAUCUUCCCGGCCCGGUCGACGUUCUACUGGGUACAGAAUUAUUUUUCCAAUUGCUGGAGCCUGGAAAGGUCGAUCUCAGCACCGACGACAGCUUACCAACACUACAGAAUACUAAACUCGGUUGGAUAGUUGCCGGUCGGUACCACGAACCAAACCCGAUGACCAGAACUCACACCUCAACCUGCCUAUUGAUCUCGCAUGAGGAUGAGCUGUCAAUUCAACUUCGCAAAUUUUGGGAGCUCGAGGAGUACAAGGUGAACACUAACCAUCUUUCCGAAGAAGAAACACUCUGCGAGCAACAUUUCACUGAUCAUACCAUUCGGGAUGAAUCCGGAAAGUUUGUGGUCAGGCUCCCGUUUCUCUUGGAUCCCAAUAAACUUGGGGAAUCGCGUCAAAUGGCAGAGCGAAGACUGUAUCACAUCGAGAAAAAGCUCGAUCGUAACCCACUGCUCAAAGCAGAGUACCAUGCAUUCAUGCGUGAGUACCUUGAGCUUGAGCACAUGUCUCUCGUCAAUGAAGCUAGUAUCCCGAACAAAUCUGUCUAUUUGCCGCAUCACUGCGUUAUUAAAGCAUCAAGCUCAACCACCAAAUGCCGGGUUGUUUUUGAUGCGUCGGCAAAAACAACUAGUGGUCUCUCAUUGAAUGACGCUCUAAUGUGUGGUCCUGUGAUCCAGGACUCGCUGAUCAAUAUUUUGAUUAGAUUUCGCUUCCCGGCAAUAGUUCUGGUUGGCGAUACGAAGCAAAUGUAUCGUAUGGUUUGGUUAAAUGAGGUUGACCGAGAUUUUCAAAGGAUCUUGUGGAGGUGGAACAAGGACGAACCGGUACGAGAAUAUCAUCUAAACACGGUUACCUUCGUAUCUGGCAACUAA